ACACACGGCCAGUGCGGCGCCGCUCGGACGUGUGUGUGCGCGCCGCCGCGGCAACAGACCGGAGCGGAGUGGCCGUGUCACUAGAGGCUCUUUUCUCCCUGCAGGAGGUUCUCAUCCCAACUGGACUACCUUCCAGUGUUUGUAGAGAAUGUUCUGGAAGGGAAUCAAACAAGUUUGCUGACUUUUUUGUUUUUUUUUGUUGGGUAUGUGUUUAUUUCUUUUUUUCCCUCUGACGCACUUACUCACUUUUUCCCACUCCUGGUGUACUUGCGUUCAUUUGCAAAGCGGGACCAGUACCAAAGUGAUGGGCUGUUGAUGGAGAGCCUUUCGAAUGUCAGCCGGGACAGUGGUCAUCGCAGGUGGAAUUCUGGCUGCCGUCAUCUUACUCACCAUUGUCGCUGUGCUGUGUUUAUGUAGAUUGCAGUACUACUGCUGUAAGAGGGAGGAGUCCGCCAAGGGGGAGGAGGAGGAGGAACCGGAGCUGUCCACCAUGUCACCUUUGCACCCCCUGGCUCUGUCGGCCCCCCCAACGCCGCCCACCCCGGAGCGUUACAGCGACGAACCUGAGACGUACACGCCCACCUUCCUGACGGAGGCCAACGGGCCCGCCAGCUUCACGCCACCGCCGCCCCUGCGCCGAUGCCAGCGGGCGCACGGCUUCUGUCCGGCCUGCGCCCGCUGCACGCUGCCCUUCUACCUGCACCACCCGGAGCGGCUCUGCAACGGGGCCCGAGGGGGCUGCGGCUACCGCAGCGUGCACCAGGACCUGGAGAUGCCCACCCCCGCUCCCGACCUGACCGGCUUCUACCGCAAGCUGGACCUCAUCCGCUCAAUGGCUACGCGAGAGGGGGUCACGCGCAGCGUCAGCACCGACGUGUAGGGGGCGUCGAUGGACCACCAACACGAUACUGAGGGCUUUCUUUCGAUAGCUCGGCGGUGGCAUCGUUCAGGAUUACCUCUCACAUGCAUCGGAAACGCUCUCGCGCACGACUGGGAUUUUGGGAAAUGCUCGCAUACGCUUCAGUUUGCUCACACAGACGACUAAACCAUUCUCAGUCACAACAGAUUUUUUUUGGGGGGGGGCACUCAAAUACGUAUAAAACAUAGACCAAUUUCUCUCCAACACACAUCAAUGAAAUACUCUCUUUCACGCGAUCACAACACUCAAGCGCAUUCCUGAGUAUUUGAGACCAUUAUAUGAGUGUUUCGCACUGCGUGUGAGCAGUAAUCCUAAAUUUUGUCCCUGACGGCCUCUCGUACUUUCCCAUGCCGCCAUGCUGGAUGUCUGCCUGCCACCUGACUUGGACAAAACUCUCAAUUCACCAAACCUUUAUUGACAUCACAGCUUGUUACAAGGGGGGUGAGGUCACCUUUUAACCUUCCUUGUAUGUUCCUUUCUUAGCAAUGUUGUUCACGGGUCAACACCAUGCAAAAUAAAUGUAAAGAAAAAAAAAAAGUUGAGUGAAAUUAAGUGAAAAAUGAGUAAGGCAAGUAAACAAGUUUAAUACUUUGAAAAUAAAAUCUGAAUAAGGGUGAAUUUGACCUGCUAUAUCGUUAAUCGUAAAAAAUAACAUGAAACGAAUGAAAGCAGCAGCAGAAGUUGAAUCUCUCUUUUUUCUUUUUCUUUUUUUUUUAAUGGCUCAAUUUGAACCCAAUAUAACCUCGGUGGUUCUUUUGGAAAGGCCCAUGAGAAUAUCGACUCCAUUAUUAAGUGUUUCUUAUAUGAAUAGCUGUUUUAUUCUAGCAUAGCAACGUGUGUAUCGUAUGUGUAAAUGAACUCUGACGUCACACCAUGUCACACACCUGAAAUGAUUGACCAACGUUAAUAUUAUACACAUUGUAACACUUUAAAAAAUACAAAAUGCUAAUGUGAUACCAUUUACAAUCUAAGACGUUGAGGCGUCAAGGAAAAAUUGCAUUUUAUACCCAGAGACAAUACAAUAAAUAUGAACUUACCACCCCCUCCUCAGAAAAAAAAUUGAUGUUUUUAAUAAAUAUUUUAUGAUACCUGAUGCCUGUUGUUAAUCCACCACGUUGUAAUUUCACCUCCAAUGUCCUACACAGUGACGCCUACAAUGUAACCCGGUGAUGCAGAGUGUAAACAUGAAAAGCCAGGCAGAGAGAACUGUACAUUUUGUUGACUUUAUUUUCAACAUUGUCUGUCCAUGCAUCAUACAAAGAGGUAUCCGUUAUAUUUGUAUCAAAGACAGGAAGUUAAACUCGUCUGAAUACAUUGCAAGUGUCAGGAGUCUCGCCUCCUCUGUCCAUCGUCUUUUUUUUUUGUUUUUUG